AUGGACCGAGUAUUUAAGAGAUGCCAGAUCAGCAGUUGCCUGGUUAGAGAAUGUUUUGCUGAGUUUCUUGGAGUGUACAUUUUAAUACUGUUUGGCUGUGGCUCAGUCGCUCAGGUCACAACUUCGGAAAACAGCAAAGGAGAAUACUUGUCAAUCAAUCUUGGAUUUGCUUUGGGCACUACAUUUGGAAUCUAUGUUUCCAAAGGAGUAUCAGGAGCUCACCUGAACCCUGCUGUGUCUCUCAGCCUAUGUUUCCUGGGCAGGUUCCCCUGGACUCGGCUGCCAUUCUACAUCAUUUCACAGGUGUUUGGUGCUUUUCUGGCUGCAGCCACUGUUGCUUUGCAGUAUUUUGAUGCCAUAAUCCAUUACAGUGGUGGGGAUCUUACAGUGAGUGGUUCCAAAGCCACAGCAGGAAUUUUCUCCACUUACCCUGCAGAAUACCUGAGUGUAUGGGGAGGAGUAGUAGACCAGGUGAUCGGCACAGCAGCCCUGAUGGUGUGUGUUCUGGCUCUGGGUGACAGCCAUAACUUUCCUGCCCCUCCUGGUCUAGAACCUGUGCUGGUGGGAGGAGUGGUUAUGGUAAUUGGUGUGUCCAUGGGUUCAAAUAGCGGUUAUGCCAUCAACCCAGCACGAGACCUUGGCCCUCGGGUCUUCACCUGUAUUGCCGGCUGGGGCGAUGAGGUGUUCAGAGCUGGAGCUGGAGCUGGGUGGUGGUGGAUCCCUGUGGUGGCCACUUGUGUAGGUGGCAUUGUCGGCUCUUUGAUUUAUGAGCUUCUGAUUGCUGCUCAUCAUCCUGAACAAGAUGUUACCAAGACAAUCGACAACUUUCAGGACCUGGAACUGGAAGUGUCCCAGAAAGAGUCUGAAAAACCUAAUCAGAUCAACGUGAUCCAGGAGCAAACCACAUGA